CUCCCCUUCCACCUGACUUGGGCUCAUGUGCCAAGAGCAUGCAUGCGCGCGCCAGAAGCGUGCAAGAAGCGCAUCUGCCCGGGCCCGUUUGCAGCCUUUCCGCAGCUCCGCGCGCGGGAACGCGUUGCGCCGCUCCCUCCCUCGCGAGCCUGGCGCUUGUGCAAAAGCGCAGAAAGAAAUCUUGCUAGAUUCCAUUUGACCGGCUUUCCACGCACGCGCGACUUUGGUUAAGUCGCAAUCCGUGACUUCCCGGCAAAUAAUUAGUGAAAACUAGCAGAUAAUGAAAACAUAGCUGGCCUGGAGUGGAAUUCUCAUAAACCAACGUAAAGUGAAACUCCAGGCAGUUGCUGAAGCCAAAAACAAGCUGGGGAGUGAUUUUAAAACUCAUCAAGAAGGCAAAAGUUGAAAACCAAAAGGAGUGGCCAUGUCUCCUGAGGAAGUCCCACUGUCAAAACAGGACUUAAUAGACUUCAUGUCACAAAUGAAGGAAUUGUUUAAUGCUUUUUUGAAAAUGGUCCAGGAGAAUUUAAAGGCGUUGGGUGAAGACAUACAGGUUAUUAAGGAACAGUCUUCUGUGACUUCUGAGAGAAUAACGAGAGUUGAAAGGAAGGCUGAUCAGAACUCCGUGGCAGUUACUCAGCUUAAUGCCAGCGUGGCUGAACUUGCUGACCGACAACGCGGGAUAAACCUGCGCUUGGUGGGGGUGCCAAAGCUGGAGAAUGAGACUGAUAUGAUGCCAGAAUUGAUCAGAUGGAUGAAAUCACUCAAAAUCGAUGCUGUCCCAGCUUGGUUUGAACGGGCACACAGAGUGUUUGCGAGAUUUGGAGACCGACCGGCAGAUAUCGUGCUAAGAUGUUCCUCUGAAGCGGUUAAAGAGGAGUUGUUUGGAAAGCUGAAGGCACGGGGGCCCCUGGCAUUCAAGGGGAAGAGGAUCAUAGUCAGAAAUGAUAUCUCAGUUGAAUCUUUGGAGAUUAAAAGAUCCCUUCUCCCAUUUGCAAACGCUUUAUACCAAGCAGGCAAGAGAUUCGCUAGGGUUUUGCCAAUGGGAUUCAUCUAUUUUGAUAGAGGAGUCAAACUUAUAGCAAGAUCGGUGGAGCAAGCAAAGAAGCUUCUGUUGACAGUGGGGGUUCCCCUUCCAGAACAAGAAUCUCAGGAGCAGCCAGAUUCUUCAGAAGGAGAAGGAGGCUCCCAAGUGGGGGGGGGGGGGGGGAAUGAAUCUCAGGGGUCCCAGAAGAGCAAAAAGGCAUAGCAAGAAGAUAUGACUCAGCUGGACAAAGGCUUCUUCCUAGUUCAAUAUCUUGUAAUUGUCUAUUAUGAAUAGUUCUAUCUGAAUACUAACAGUCUUAAACUACUUAAAACUAAUUAAAAAUGACUAAAAAUUUAACACUGUUUUGUGGAGUCUAGUACUAUACUAACAAUAUUGAUAUGAUAACGCCGGCUGUUAUUUUGGCUACUUAUCGAGCUAUUGGCCUGAAGUCCAGAAGGUCUGGAGUGGAGGAAAACAUUUGAGAUAAAGGGGAACAGCUAGGAAAAGUUGGUGUGUUGUUGUAAUAAAAAUGAAUGAAAAUGA